AUGGAUAAGCUUGAAACCUCCAAGAGGUCCAAAGAUUGUAUUGAAUUGCACACAAAUCCCCAAAUUGUGACAGUAGACUCGCCCCUUCAAGGUGUUUAUGACUUUACUUUUGACAUGGUCUUUGAUGAAUACGCUUCACAGGAAGACGUCUAUAACGAAUGCUUGUCAGAUGUACCAUGUAGGAUUAUGAACGGUGUGGAUUGCACUGUUUUGGCUCAUGGACAAAGUGGGACCGGAAAGACACAUACAAUGAUGGGUCAGGGCCAAGGCAUUGAAAUGGCGAUACGCUCAGCAGCCACUGGUGAAGGAGAAAGUGCUGUGUCGCCAAUGGCGGAUCAGGGGGCUUUGGAUUGUGCACAGUCGGAAGGGAUGAUUCCCCGAACGGUAGCUGCCUUGUUUGAGGAGAUUCGAAAUCAACCCAAAUCGGUGCAAUGUGUGGUCCGCUGCUCAUAUGUGGAAAUUUAUAUUGAAAAAAUAUAUGACCUCCUGAAACCUUCGAGCAAGGAUGUUCAUUUGGCGGAGGGAGAAGACGGUGAAUUCAGUCUAACUGAUGCAGCUGAAAUUUGCUGUUUGGAACCAAAGGAUAUAUACGCGUUGGUGGCCCGAGGCGAUGCGUACCGAAAAUUGUCGGCGACAAAACAGAAUGAAGACUUUGGAAGAUCGCAUGCUGUUCUUCAAAUCAAGGUGGAACAGAUAAAUAGAUCGACUGGGACUCAUCGUGGCAGCCGAUUACUCAUGUUGGACCUUGCAGGAAGUGAGCAAGGAAGAACAAAGUCAUCCCGUCAGGUCGAAAAUGCUGUCUCGAUGGAGAGUAGAAUGGUAAAUGGGUCAUUUCAGAGUCUUUAUAAUACAGUGCGUGCUGAGUUGGCGAAACAAGGAAAACAAGAGCGAGUGCCACCAAAUGCGUUCUCCUAUGUGUCCAAACUGACAAAAUUACUGAGAUCCAGUGUUGGAGGCAACUGCUACAUGGCAUGUAUUUGUACCGCAUCUCCGUCGAGUUAUAGUAUUGGCGAAACGGUGAGCACAAUAAAAUAUGGUCAAAAGCUCCGCAGUCUAAAGAACUUUCCAAAGCCGAGAGAAGCUUUGUCCUUCAAUUUGUAUCAAGUGCGUCUCGAAGCAGCUGAGAGGGAAGCUGUUAACCUAUCCAAAUUAACAAGGGUCUUGGCAAAAGAAUGCAAGUCUCUCAAGGAUAGUGGGGAGGCCAAACAACCAGAUGACGUAUGGCAAGCAGUUACCAAAAUUGCAUCGAGUAGCCAAAACGAGAGCAUAUCCGACCUCAUAGUAUUUGAUACUGGAGAUGGCCAAACACUAUCACCAGCGGAAAAGAAAAGAUUGCAGAUUGAGUUGCAAACCAACAAGGCGACUCGAGAAAAGGCUGAAAUGAAAAUGCGGGAUUACCAAUCAGAUGUCGUUUCAUUACGAAGUGAGAACGAAAUACUAAAAAAGGAACGAGAACGAAUAGAAGCAGAACUCAAUGAUACGAAGCGAGAGGUAGCAUCCCUUUCAAAUCAAAACGAAGAAUUGGAAAGUGCGUUGCGAACGAGUGAAUUCCGAGAACGAGAAGCUGUUGGUUUCCUCCGCCAAUUUCGGAGCUUUUACGUGCGUUUGAUGAAAAACAAGGCUGCACAAGGGAACGGCGACGUCAGGCAAACUCUCGAUGAUGCAAGUAGAAAGAUACCUGGAGUUGCAGACCUCGGCGAUAUCCUUGAUGUCGACCAGCUGAUGGUGCAGAGUGGGCUACUUGAGAAAUCAGAAGUUGGAGACGACAGCAAUACUGCCAACUACGUACCAUCGGAACACUCCAUGAUGAGAAGCAAAGAAGAAGCGGAGAAAGCAGAGAAAAAAGAAUUGGAAGUCAUCAAAAAGACCUUUGGUGAACAAGAUCUAUCCGCAAAGAAUCUGACUGGUGUGAAACGACUGGAGUCGGGAAUGCUGUCCGCAUACCGUCAAAAGCUUGUUGAAAGCCCAGCCGGGAAACUAGCGAUACAGAAGGAGUCAGAAUUGGAGGAGCAAUUAAUUGAAUUAUCAAACAAAUAUAUCAGUCUUCAGGAAGCUGUGACUGCCGAGAAAGCCUUGGUGGAAGCAUUAUCAGGAAGACAAGGUGCGUUGGGGAAAUUGAAGUCGGCCCAAGAGAUGAAUGGUCUUCGCUCAGAGCUUGAGAGAAAGUCCAAUGACUUGCAAGCGAUAAUAUACAAAAUGAAUGAACUUCAUCUGGUCAACAAGACAAUGACGGAAAAAGUGGAAAGCCGAGAGCAACAGCUGACUUACCUGGAGGAACAUCUAAUUGAUUUGCAAGGUCGAAACCGAAGGCUAGUCAUUGAACGUCAAGAGGGUGAAAAGAGGCUUCGUCAAGAGAAGACUGAAAUGAAGCAACAAUUAGAUGGAAUGCAAAUCAAACUUUGGCAAUUUGACGAGGAUAGUCCAAAGACGACUGGUUAUUGGAAGCUAAUUCUCCCUUGCGCAGGAGAACAAGUCGAUUUACACUCUGUACCAAUGGAACAACGAGAUACCUCCAAUUUGGCUGAAGAAGCUGCAAGAAUAAUAGAAAUGAUCCCGAAAGAUGAAGUGGACGAAGAAGAUACCAAAGCCUUCUUAGAGAGCAAGGCUGCUAUUGCUGAAGCGCAAAAGACUGCUGCGCCCACUCCGUUGAAAGCAAAAGUUCAAAUUCAACCGCAAUCUCCAAUUAGGGUAAAACCCAACUCUCCCCCACGAUCACCAUUGAAAUUUUCGGCUGCAGCGGCAGCAGCAGAGGCACCAAAGGCGCCAAAGGCACAAACAUCAGUCUCCCCGUCGCCUCAGCAGCCUGAGAAGGCUGCCUUGCCAAAACCGCAUUCACCAAAACCUUUCUCGCCCCAACGGCUCGAGCCGGUUUCGUUGCCAAAACAGCAUUCUCCAAAAGAAAGCAAGGAAUUGAGUCCUCCUCCAAAGUCAGACAAAGCCAGUUCUCGGGUUUCGAGUGUCCGUGCGCGCAUGGCCAUGUGGGAAAAGGGAGGAGGCGCCGCUGGAUCGGGUGAGGCUGCUCCUGCAGUUCCUCCAGCCUUUGCCUCGUCUGCCAAUAGAAAGUUUCGGCCAUCCACAGCUGGUCAUGAUGCGAGUGGAUUGAGAAAGCAAGACGAUUAA